AUGGUGGAUGUUUUCUACCUUGAUUGUAAUGCUGGUCAUCCUGAAAUUUUUCCUCUAGUAUUAAGUACCAAGACCCAGGAGAUAUUUAACUGCCGAAUAAAUGAAGAUAUCACAGAUGAAAAACCUUAUAAACUUAUCAAAAAAGAAGAUAUUAUCGAGGACUUGAACAACAGAGCUGCAGUAUCUGAUUUCUACCCAGUAAAAAAAGUUAUCUUGGAAUAUCCUGGACCUGAGAUUCUGCUUGUUUAUGACAAAGACUUUAAAUAUGGACUUAACUUUUAUAUCAUUGGAACUGAAGAGGGGAAAGAAAACUAUUUCAAUGCCCCAGAAGUGCCUGAAGAACAAGAAGAAUAUAAAGAAGGUGAUAUUGAAGAUAAGCAUAUUUAUAAACCACCGGUCUCUAAACCAUGGGUUUCUUUGGGCAGUGAAAAAGAAAUUGAUGAUGAAUCAGUUAAAGAAUCUAAAAGACAGAUUACAUAUAUGAUAUCUCGGAAACGAAGAGAAUUUGGAGCACCAAUUAAGUUUAGUGACUAUGAUGCUUCCAGUGUGAAAGACACCUAUAUUGAAUGCACAGCCUACCAAGAUAAAAACUUCACUGUUAAACAGCUUGAGAAAGAUGUUGCCCUGCUAGCUGUCCCCAAAGUCAGCGAUAUAAGUACUCAGACAAAAUGGACUUAUCCCAAAAAUGCUACCACCCAAUAUUAUCCAAGAGAAUUCUCAGAAGAGGAAAAAGAGACACUCAGCCAAUCAAAACCUUUAGCUGAUUUCCUUAACAACUUAAUGCUGGAGGGCCCAGAUGACAUCUUCUGCUUCAAAUUCUGCCCCAGUGACCCCAAUAUCAUUGCUGGAGGCUGCAUAAAUGGACAGAUUGUCUUGUGGGAUAUAACAGCACAUGCAGAUCGCAUAGAAAACAUUAAGACUGGUAGUACUAGGAGCAAAAAAAACACACUCAAGCCCAUAUUUCUCCUUGAACCAGAUAGCAAUAAAGAAGCAAUGUAUAUCAGACACUGUGCAAUCUCUUCAAUAGAAAAUGGACAUAAGAAAGUAAUUACAGAUAUACAUUGGCUGUCUGACACAUUUGAGAUUAACAGGACAGGUACUGUCUUUGAGAACCGAAAUGAAAUAUGCUGUCAACUUGUAACAUGUUCUGCAGAUUGCACAAUAUGUUUUUGGGAUCUCAGACCACAGAAAACUCUAACCCCACAGACAACAGAGAAAAAGAAGGAAGAAACUAUUGAAAUUCCUUCGGAUAUACCAUCUACUUUUUUCCACCUUGAUCUCACCUGGAAACCUUUUGCUAAGAUAAAGCUGUCUAAAGGUGAAACAAGUAUAGACCACUGCCCAAUCAAGUUAGGCCUGAAUGAAGACCAUCUUGUUUACAAAUCACAAGAGAAAUUAUUGGCCCAGGGCAAGGCAAUAAAGGCAGGAGAAUUGAGCAUAUACCAUAAUCUGGAAAUUGAGACAAACAGUUUUUUGAAGCCAAUAGAAGAGUUCUGCACAAAGUUCUUUGUGGGAACAGAGGAAGGUGAAGUGGUAUAUACAGAUUGGAAAAUGGAAAGAGAUCCUGAUACUGGAAGGCUUGCAAUAAAGAAGCCAGUUAGCCUCUGCGGUGUCCAUGAUGGAGCUGUUAACACUAUUCUGAGAUCACCCUUUUACAAGGACAUUGUCCUGACAAUUGGGGGAUGGAAUGUGGCAAUCUGGAAAGAAGGUGUUAUGUUUGGACCCCUAUUUAAGUCAUGCUGUGCACCAAAAAAAUACACCUCAGGGCACUGGUCCCUGACAAGGCCUGGAGUUUUCUUUAUUGGCAGAGAAGAUGGCUUUAUUGAUAUCUGGGACCUUCUGGAGAAAACUCAUGAGCCAGCCCUGUCACAAAAUAUCUGCGUAACAAUGAUCACCUACGUCAAACCCUGGACCCUCUCUGCAAAGCAGCAAUUUAUAGCCAUAGCUGAUUAUUAUGGAACACUACAUAUAUUAGAAAUUCCUUGGACAUUGAGUCACCCGUCCACCAAUGAGGUAGCAAGUGUUAGCUACUACUUUGAAAGAGAAGUCAAGCACUUGGAAUAUGUGGAGGAGCGUAAGAAAAUACGCAAGCAAGAAAAGCAACAAAUGGAGAUGGAAAUGGAGGAGGAUAAAAACAAAACAUAUAAGAAGUCAAAAGAACAAGUAGAGGCUGAUUUGAAACUGGACUACGACAGUUAUUUGGAACUGGAGAAGAACAUCCUUGUCAAUCUUGGGCUAAUCAAAGCGAUAGAGCCAUUGUCAUACAUGGAGAGUAUGUAG